CCAUUUUGUUACCCUUUAAGGUGCAGUUUCUUCCUCUAAGCCUCUUAAUGCUUUGAGUUGUGUUAUCAUUUCCUUUUGGUGCCUGCAGAAACUAUAGGUUGGAACUGCACCUCUCACUUCUGACAUCUGGAACUGUGUUAUAAACUCUUUGGCACUCGUAGGCUGAUAAUUCUUAUCAGUAAAUUGACACUGCUGCUUGUUACGGGGCCUGUGCUUCCUGUUUCUGAGAUGCCUCCAACUGAGCACAGAGCUUCUAAUUGCACGCUCAGAUAAUGCAGCCCCCAUUUGGACAAGGGUCAGCGUUAAAGGGUUAAUGUUGAAGUGGAGAGGAAGUAUCAGAGUGUGAUAUGGUGAUAUCCAGGCAGGUGUGGGGGGUGCUUUUAAUUGUUUGCUGGGCUUUAAGCCCUGUAACACAAGGGAGGAGGUGCAGAUUGACCAAAACCACUUUAUUUUGCAGCUCCAAACUACUUGGGGAGGAUUCCUCCUUUUUUUUUUCCUAUCCUGCUCCUGGCCAAGCUUGCUCCAAAGAGACUACAUUAAACAACAAGCACGAGAGGAAACAUGAUUCCUUUAAGAGCCUUUAGAAAUGCCUGUUUUCACUCAAUACCUUUUCAUAGGCUCAAGUUUCCAUACCACAACGGUCGUGUUUAUCUGUUUGUGUCUGUUUCUGCAUUAACAUGCUUUGUUUUCUUUCUCCUGCUUCUCCCAUUCACCUCGUCCUUUCUCCAGGUGCAUUUAGGGCUGGUAAGAAUGCAGAGAAGUACAAGGGGUGCUGCUCUUUGACCUUCCCCAGUGACCUGGAAUGGGCAGGAGCAUGAUGCUGCAGGUUUGGGCUUUGCAGCCUUUUAAAUGCAUCUCUCAUCAUCUUGUUGCUGUGUGUUUUUUCAUGUAUGGAAUAUGUCCAAACAGGGCCAAAGGUGGCCCCUAAUGGAAGAAGUGUUUUGGAUACAAAAGCAUGUCCGUGAAAGAGAGAUGGAGAGCCUGGGGUGAGGAGGAGAAGAAGCCUGCAGCUCCUCCAAUGUGGAAACAAAAGGGUUUUCUGCACCUCUGCAGCACUUUGCAAAGGGGACAUUCAACAGCAGUGACUUGAUCACGGGCACCUUGUUCUUCUCCCAUUGUUUCUGCCAUUGUUGCUACCAAAUAACGCAUGAAGCUCAUUGAAAGCUCAAAAUGAGCCUCGUGAGGGCUUUGCUGUGUCCCUUUCCCUGUGCAUUAGCUUCUAUGUGUGUAGCAUUCAGGGGACUGGGUCCUUAAAGCUGUUUUUUAGGUCACUCUCUCUUUUAAGAAUGGGAGGAUGAUAAUGACUUUCUAGCCUGAGUUUGAAGAUCUUUAGAAUGCUUUUUAAGGAUGAGGAGGGAGCUGCUGCAUUUACACAGGGGUAGUGGAGACCAGUAUAUCACAUUCUUGAGCAUCUUUGCCGUUUUUGCUCUCUUAACAGCCUCAUUCUAUUCAUUUCAGUUCCUCUUCCCUCCUCGUUUUCUUCUAGGUGUAACAUUCUCAGCCACAACUAAAUGAAUCCUUCAGCAGGAGGAUGGCAGAGGAGCUCAGGGCUCCUUGGGGCCAGCAGACCCUUCUCUGGUCCUUGAUCUCCAUGCACAGAAGUGCAUGCUUUGCUGUUAGAAGGGGGACUCUUGCCAUCUAGUGGGAAGGGGUGGUAAGCUCGAGGACCUCUGCCAUCCCUCAGGUGGCAGAACUCUACGCUCUCCUCUACUCAUCUCCUCCUGGAUGGCUGAGCAGCACAGAGUCAUCAAGAACCUACAACGUGCAGGGAAGGAUUUUGCUUGGGGGAAAGCUGGAUUUCAGCAGCUGAAUCCUUGAAUCAGCGCUCAAAAGCGAUUAGGAUCAAUUAGGAGAAUGAAAAGUGCUUGUAAAGUGCCUUGUGCUUGGGUCUUCCUUGGCCUUGGAAAACCAGUACCUUGCAUUCCAGUUGGGAACUGCAGAAUUAAUUGAUCUUUCUUCCCAACCUUCCUUGAAAGGCAAAGGAUAGAAAUACGAUGUGAUGCUCUGUUGUUCCAACUAUAUGGCAACAGCAGCUGUCAUGUAAGCAUUGAGCCAUAGCUUCAUUUCUGAGCUCCUCUGCUUGCUGCACGAAUAUAAUUGUUGUGUUUUGUGGGGCCAUCAUAGGAAGUCCAGUAGGGGUUAAAUAUUACAUAGAAUUCACUGGUUUUUUCCUCACUGUGAGCUGCAAAGUCUUUCCUCUACAGUUGCUGGUGUUUAUUACCCAUCUAGUGAGUGCAAAAGCAAAGCUUUGCCUCUAUGAUUACACAUGGCAGCAAUAUUCCAGUAGGGCCAGUGGGUGUGAGAGCUGCCACGUGUCGUUAACACCUUGCAAGGUACCAGAUAUCGCUCUGUAUGUUUAGGAGGUUGAGUUGACCUGAGUGAGAUUUGGACCAAUGGCUCCAGAGAGUCUACAGGGUAAAAGCAUGAGGCUUGUGGAGGUAAUGAGCCUUCCCUUGUAAAAAGAACUAACGAUUAGAGGAGAUUAUAGAACCUAAUAGCGCAUACCUAAUUUUUUUGGAAGCACAGACCAUGACUGUGACUACUUGGUCAAAUUCAACCUUGAUUUGUCCUUAUGGCAAGCUGUGCAAUGCAAGCAGAUACAGAAGGAAAGGCUGAGGAUGUGGCCCUGAAAUUCAUUGUGUUUGGGUAGGAAGAGGUUCUUCACUUGAAAAGAGCCAGGAUUUGGAGUUGCUGAUCCUUGCAUGUCCCUUCCAACCUGGAAAAGUUUAAGUGUGGUUUCCUUCAUCUCCUGUUUAUGUGAUCAGAUGAUGCAAACCCAGCCUAAGCAGCAUUUACCCCUGUAGACUGUGAUUUGAAAGGCUUCCUAUUUUAUUUGUUAGCUCUGUGCUGGGUGCUCUCCUUCUAGUCUUAACCUUCUACAGAAUGAAGGGGGCAGCAGAUUUCCCUGAAUCCAGCUCAAGAGCUUUGCUGAAUUCCUGCCCAAUGCUUCCCUUUAUGCAACCCACAAGCGCUUCCAUCAGCUGGAAGCUUGCAUGGCAUUUUCUGCUCGUAUCCUUACCCGACCCGGGCAUCCAGAGAGCAUUCCUCCUGCAGGCUGUCAUGUUUCUCCAUACCCCAAUCAGCAGACGUUCACACAUUCCUUCCUCUGGCCCAAUUGCUUUCAGCUUCCUGCUGGUCUGAAGCAGUUCUGUUUGGUGCUGCUUCUGCUAUGAAGCAUUUUGCUCCUGGUGUCUUUGGGUUUUGACCCAUCAGCUGGUGCUCUAAUGGCAAUUUGCAUCAUUUUUGCUACAGGGAAAUCAAGGCGCCGUGGGUCACUCCCAUUGACAGCUGCUGUUGGCUUCCUUGGGAAGUAGAGCAAAGCUCUGAGUGGUUUCCUACCGUGAUGUCUUGAUAUUCUCCAUGAGUUGUACCUAGAAAUCAAUUAUCCUCUUUAUAGUCAUAGAAUUAUAGGAGAACUGCACCAGACCAUUGGGGAUCAUCAAGUCCAACCCCAUAAUAUUUAUUUAACAGUGUGAUUGACAUUGGAGGGCUGCCCUGCCAGCUCAUGGGGACGUGGUUGGCAUCUCCUUGCCCGUGUUGUGGUGGUUUUCAUCUCAGAUUCUGCCUUGCCAGUAAGUAAUGGGACCAUUUGUCUAUUGGGUUGAGUCUUUGAGGUCCCUCCUGAUCCAAGCCAUGCUAUGAUUCUCAGUUAUGGACCAAUCCAUUCAACUAAGAGUUGACAAAAUAGGGAGCAGGAAGGAUUCUUCUGGUUGAGUUUCUCCAGUGUUGUUGGUUUAAUCCAUGAUGCCUAUGCUUAAAUUCCAUAUUGCUGCAAUUCACUUCCAGUCCAGCUUCCAGGACUUGGUCUCAGUGACCCUUAUGGGUUCCUUCCAACUGGGGAUAACCUAUGAUUCUUUUCUUUUCUCAGCACAUUUCAGGUUCCUCCAAUGCUGGUGCCCAUCCUUUUCCAAUACAUGGUGGCAUCAUAGAUUGGAGAGCCCUGCACAUCAGUGCCUGAGCAGCUGGGAGCGAUGGCUAAUGCAGAUUAGGGACAGCCGUGCAGCACCUACCUGCACUGACCAACAGCUGCAGACCAACACUUUGGCUCUGAGAACUGUGAGCACUGAAAAUGGAAGGAUUCCUGGGCUUUAACCAUAACCACUGUUUCAUCGUGCUGUUCUUCGUCUCCCUGAGCCUUGCCCAGUAUGAACACUGGCCCUACCUCCCUGGUUACCCUGAGCCACCCCCACAAGUCUAUCAGCCCCCCCAGAGGCCAGCAGAUGUUCCUAAAAUCCAACUACGGCUCGCAGGGCAGAAGAGGAAACACAACGAAGGCCGAGUUGAGGUGUUCUACAGCGGCGAGUGGGGCACGGUGUGCGAUGAUGACUUCUCCAUCCACGCUGCACAUGUGAUUUGUAGGGAGUUGGGCUACGUGGAGGCAGUGUCCUGGCUACCAAGCUCAAAAUAUGGGAAAGGAGAAGGGAAAAUUUGGAUGGACAAUGUCCACUGCAAUGGCAAGGAGACCACGCUGGCAGCCUGCACCUCCAAUGGAUGGGGGGUGACAGAUUGCAAACACACUGAGGACGUGGGAGUGGUCUGCAGUGAGAAGAGAAUCCCUGGCUUCAAGUUUGACAACUCAUUGCUCAACCAAAUAGAGAACAUGAACAUUCAGGUGGAGGACAUCAGGAUCCGACCCAUCCUCGCCACCUAUCGCAAGCGGGUGCCCGUCACGGAGGGUUAUGUGGAGGUGAAAGAGGAAGGGACCUGGAAGCAGAUCUGUGACAAGCAUUGGACUAUGAAGAAUUCCCGAGUCGUCUGUGGCAUGUUUGGGUUUCCGAGCGAGAGGAAAUACAACACCAAGGUCUACAAAAUGUUUGCCAGCAGGAGGAAGCAGCAUUACUGGGCUUACUCCAUGGACUGCACUGGGAACGAGGCUCACAUCUCCAGCUGCAAACUGGGCAACCACCUCAACGUGGACACGGAGAAGAACGCAACGUGUGACAACGGGAUGCCUGCAGUGGCCAGCUGUGUCCCUGGCCGUGCCUUUGCCCCCAGCAGCCACAGUGGCUUCCGAAAAGCAUUCAGGCAAGAGCAACCCCUGGUGAGGCUGAAAGGCGGUGCCAAGGCCGGGGAGGGCCGAGUGGAAGUGCUGAAGAAUGGGGAGUGGGGCACGGUGUGUGAUGACAGCUGGAACCUGGUGUCUGCCAGCGUGGUGUGCAGGGAGCUGGGCUUCGGCAGCGCCAAGGAGGCAAUAACAGGGGCAAGGCUGGGGCAAGGCAUGGGUCCAAUCCAUCUAAACGAAAUCGACUGUACAGGAUUUGAGAAAUCCCUCACAGACUGCAAGUUCAACAUGGAGUCGCAGGGCUGUAACCACGAGGAAGAUGCUGCUGUGAGAUGCAACGUUCCCGCCAUGGGUUUCCAGAACCAGCUGCGCCUGGUUGGUGGUCGCAACCCAUAUGAGGGUCGGGUGGAGGUCCUGGCAGAACGCAAUGGCACGCUGCGUUGGGGCACAGUCUGCAGCCAGGGAUGGAGCACAGUGGAGGCAAUGGUGGUGUGCAGGCAGCUGGGGCUGGGCUUUGCCAGCCACGCAUUCCAGGAAACCUGGUACUGGCAUGGAGACGUCAGUGCUGACAGCGUGGUCAUGAGUGGGGUCAAGUGCUCAGGGACGGAGAUGUCUCUGGCCCACUGUCGUCAUGAUGGAGCUGACAUCUCUUGUCCUAGAGGAGGAGGUCGCUUUGGUGCUGGAGUGUCCUGCUCAGAGACUGCCCCUGACCUGGUGCUCAACGCCGAGCUGGUGGAGCAGACCGCCUACCUGGAGGACCGUCCCAUGUUCAUGCUGCAGUGUGCACAGGAGGAGAACUGCUUGGCCAGCUCAGCCGUCAACACCUCCGUCACCUCUGGGUACCGUCGCCUGCUGCGUUUCUCCUCCCAGAUCCACAACAACGGGCAGUCAGAUUUCCGCCCCAAAAAUGGUCGUCAUGCUUGGGUCUGGCACGACUGCCAUCGGCAUUACCACAGCAUGGAGGUCUUCACCCACUACGACUUACUGAACCUCAAUGGGACCAAGGUGGCUGAAGGACACAAAGCCAGCUUCUGUCUGGAAGACACUGAAUGUGAAGCAGAUGUGCAAAAGCAAUACGAGUGUGCCAACUUUGGUGAACAAGGGAUCACUGUUGGCUGCUGGGAUGUGUACCGGCACGACAUUGACUGCCAAUGGAUCGACAUUACCGACGUCCCACCAGGAGAUUAUCUCUUCCAGGUCGUCAUCAACCCCAACUAUGAAGUGGCUGAAUCUGAUUAUUCCAACAACGUGAUGAAAUGCCGGAGUCGAUACGACGGGCAGCGCAUCUGGAUGUACAACUGCCACACAGGCGGCUCCUUCAGCGACGAAACGGAACAGAAGUUUGAUCACUUCAUUGGACUCACAAAUAACAAAGUGUCCACCCGAUAGAGCAGCAGCGCCUCCCAUCCCACUAUUUAAUGAAGCGAGGCUGCCCGCUUCCAUCACUUCCCCAACCACUGCGCCAAGAGAAAAAAAACAAAUCAAGCAACCAAUCAAACUCUGAAUUAGCAAGGUAAAUUAUUUUUCCGAAGCUGCCUUCCUUCCCAGUGUAAAUGCUUGGACCUCUUGUAUCUCCCAUCCCCGCUGCUGAGGGUGUUGGGAGCAGGCUUUCAAACUCUACUGGGCUCCAACCCACCCCCCACCAGGAUUUCUCCCUCCACUUUGCAGGACCAUCUUUAUGUGUGCACACAGCUCCGGGCUGCCAGUGAGCACAGUUUGCCUUUGGUUGGGUAUCAACAACCUCAGUGUGGGUCUUUACCAUUCAUUUUAAGCUCAAACUGAAGCACCAUUGACUCGUACUCUUCCAUUUGUGAUGAUGCUUAUCCUCAGCACCGCUGAUGUUGUUCCAUUUUAACAAAGAAACACAGGAAAGGAAACAAAACCGAAGCGUUCUCUCUGAGCAGAACAGUCUAAAGCAUCGUUUAAUAGUGCAGCCAAACUCUUGCAUUCAACAACCAACACCCAGAACCAUCUCUCCAAUGGAGCAGCGAAUGCAGAACUCUACACCCACACAGCAGAGCUCCACCACCCCCCAGAAGCCAUGGCAGACCUCAUGAUGAUGAACUGCACAGUAAGCAAUUCACCCAGCAGCCCCUACGUCCAUCUACACGUUCCCUUCUAAGCUGGAUAUUCACUCUGUCUUUUAAAGGAUGAGUUUAGUUAAGGCAUCAUAUCCCUGUACCUUACAGAGGUAACAUCAUGGCUUGCAUCGCUGGGGAUGCUCUGACUGCUUAAGUUGGCAUUGAGGAUUUCUUUCUUACACUUAGUUCACAAUGGUGCUAAGCGUGCUCCUCUGUUUGUUUGAGGACAUACAUUGCUACAGGUUCUCCAACACAGCUACUUGAAUAAAAUGUUUCACCCAGAAAAAAAUAGAAGAAGAAAUCCUACUUUGUAUUUCUAGACAGUUCAGGGCCUCGUUCCCAAUUCCUGGUACUGAAGUCUCCUUCUCCCUCUUUAUACAGAAGGCUUCUAUAAGCAGAUAAAGCUAAUGGAGUAAUGCCAAUUAACCAUCUCAAUCCACAGGGUUCAACCCACAAACCUACCUCACAGGGAUGUUGUGAGGCUUAAUGGUUCUUGCUGAGGCCUAUUGGAGUAUUCCAAGAUGGUGACACACAGAGGAGAGGUUUUUCAGCCUACUGGAAAUUGGAAAACUCCAUUUUGUUCUCGAGAUGCAGGACAGUGCAGCUAAAGCAGAGUCUGGGGGAUGCUCUAUUGCUGCUGCUGCAACUCAAGGUGUCUCAUGGAGCAUCCUCUGCCACUGGGCUCUGUGCAAGCUGAGCUACUGUGGAGUUCUGGUUUAGCUUCUCCUAA